GUUUUCAAAAUGUCUCGAAAAAAAUUUAUUGAUAUCGGUGCCAAUCUUACAGAUUUCAUGUUUCAAGGUAUUUACUACAAUCGUAAUCAUCAUGUAGCAGAUAUUCAAAAUGUUAUAAAACGAUCAAAGGAAAUGGGCCUUGAAAAGAUUAUGAUAACUGGUGGCUCAUUGAAUGAUAGUCGACAAGCAUUAGAAUUAGCCCAAACAGAUUCGUUUCUUUAUUGCACGGUUGGUUUUCAUCCAACUCGCUGCCUAGAAUUAGAGGAUGAUACCGAAGUCAAAAUUCAAGAGAUGAUAAAACUUUGUAAUGAUAAUCCCGAUAAAGUUGUUGCAGUUGGAGAAUUUGGUCUCGAUUAUGAUCGGCUAGAAUUUUGCCCAAAAGAUGUUCAAUUGAAAAAUUUUACCAAACAAUUUGAAGUGGCCGAACAAACUCGAUUGCCAUUGUUUUUGCAUUGUCGUAAUGCAGCCACCGAUUUAUUGUCUUUGUUGAAGAAAAAUCGUGAUCGAUACACUGGAGGUGUUGUACAUUCAUUCGAUGGCCAUUACGAUGAAGCAAUGUCGUUCAUAGAUUUGGGAUUUUAUAUCGGUUUGAAUGGUUUUUCAUUGAAAACGACCGAAAAUCUCGAAGUUGUUCGAAAAUUACCUAUUGAUAAAUUGAUGAUUGAAACCGAUUGUCCUUAUUGUGAAAUCAAACCUUCUCAUGCAGGUUAUAAAUUCAUACGUACAAAAUUUGAAUCAACAAAAAAAGAAAAGUGGAAAGCCGAUAAAUUGAUCAAAGGACGAAAUGAACCUUGUACAAUAAUACAAGUUUUAGAAGUGAUUGCUGCCAUCAAAGAAAUGGAUGAACAAAAAUUAGCAGAUCAACUUUAUGCUAACACGAUCAAUGUAUUCUUUUCUAAUGUAAAGUGAAUUGACUUUUAUAUAAUUUUGUACACAUCUACUUUAAUUGAGAUUCUACUAAAGAAAUUAUGAUUCGCUGAAAACUAAUAA